AAGUUUUUAAGCUACGCCAACAGGACAGUUUCGGAUAACAUAACUAUUUAUUGCCAGCGAUGGCUUAUCAUAAAAUAUAAGAAAUCUCAUCGAUGUACACUCGACAUUUAGCGAAUGUUUAAGACAGUAAUCCAAUAUAAGAAGUGAAUAAAUUAAAUAGAAUAAAAAAUUAAUUUAAUCGCAGAUAAUAUUGCAAUUUAAAACGCAACUGGAUUGUUUUAAGAGUUACAAGAUUCAAAUAUAUGAGAUGGAUUUGUGCUGGGCUCAAAAUUGUACGUCUCCAAUCAGUGGACCGUCACCGUUAGUGUUUAGUCAAUUAAUUCAGACAGUCAUGGCUGCGCAAUGUAGUCUUGGAAGAGUAGACGAUUAUCCUCCGGAUCGAACAUCUGAGAUUGUGGAAAAUUCUGAAGAAUCAUUUGAUUUUAUAAUUGUCGGUGGUGGAACAGCUGGAUCUGUUUUAGCAGCUCGGUUAUCUGAUCAGUCUGAUUGGAAGGUGUUACUAAUCGAAGCUGGAACUUAUCCUUCAGCAAGGACUGACGUCCCACAAUUAUCUUCAGGAGCAAAAAGAAAUUCAGAAGAAUAUGACUAUCCGGCAGAACCACAAGAAAAUUUUUGCUUAGGACAGGUGAAUAAACGUUGUAGACUGGCCACAGGAAAAGGAUUAGGCGGAAGUACUACUCUUGGUGCUAAUGCAUAUGUUUACGGACAUAAAAAAGAUUUCGAUGAUUGGGAAGCGGAAGGUAAUGAAGGCUGGGACUUCGAAAGUGUCCUCCCUUAUUUUAAGAAAUCAGCAAAUUAUCCGCGAGAAAUAAUUGAACAAUAUGGUGACAAUUAUCUAGGAACUGAAGGACCUAUGAGUGCUCGAUUGUUGAAUUACACUAGUUCCUCGUUUUCAGAAACUAUAUUAAACGCUGUGGCAGAAAAAGGUAUUCCAAAAAUAGAUAUUUUUAAUACCAAUCGUUAUAUUGGAUUCACAAAAAUGCACGUCAAUGUAGAAAACGGACAACGUGUCAAUGCAGCAAAAGCUUAUCUAUCUCCGAUUAAAGAUAAAGAAAAUUUAUAUGUCAUGACUUCUACAAGAACUGAUCAAAUUUUAAUAAGCAAUAACCAGACAAUCGGAGUGCGAGUUACACUCAAAAAUGGCAAGACAGUCGACAUAAAUGCAUCUAAAGAAGUUAUUCUAUCUGCUGGAGCCAUGGAAUCUCCAAAAUUAUUGAUGUUAUCUGGUAUCGGGCCUAAGAAAGAUUUAGAUGAACUUGAAAUCGAUUGUAUAGCUGAUUUGCCAGUUGGUCAAAAUUUGAUCGACCAACUCAUAUGGCCGGGUGUUUUUUUGGAAUUCGCAAAUCAAACACAUGUUCAUAAAACUGAUUCUGAUUCACAAGAUGACGCUUACAUGUAUCUCGCUCAUAAAGAAGGUCCUUUGGCUGCGAUGGACGGAUUCGAUUUUUCCGGAUUUGUCAAUGUCAAUGAUCUUAAUUCAACUAAUCCCAACAUUCAAUUUCAAAAUUAUUACGUUGCGCAAGGUGAUGAUUCAAUGAUGUCACAGGUGCUAGAUACUUUCAAUCUUUCACCAGAAGUACGUGAUUUUAUAGUUAACUCGACAAUGACUAAUGAUAAUUUGCUCAUGUCCGCGAUUUUGUUGAAACCAAAAAGCACUGGAGAAGUUAAACUACGCAGUAAAUCACCCUCUGAUUCCGUUAAAAUUUUUCAAAAUUAUUUAACCGACAACCGAGACAAGGAAACGUUGCUACAAUACGUAGAUUUUGUAGAAAGUCUUCUAGAUACCGAGGCUUUCAAGAAUCUGGGAAUGAAACUACGAAAAAUUGUAAUACCUGGGUGCGAUAAUUUUGAAUUUGACAGUUCUGAGUAUUGGGAAUGCAAUCUUAGACAUAUUGCUGGUAGUUAUAAUCACCCGGUCGGAACUGUACGCAUGGGAACACCUGAUAAUCCUAAAUCCGUUGUCGAUUCUACAUUGAAAGUGCUGGGAAUAGAUCGACUUCGAGUAAUCGAUGCUUCUAUUAUGCCAAAUAUCGUCAGCGCGGGUCCUCUUCCUGCUACACUAAUGAUUGCAGAAAAAGGAGCUGAUUUCAUUAAAAACUCCUGGAUUAAUAAAAAUUAAUGAUAAACCAUUGAAACAUACUAUGUAAAUUACAUAAAAUAUGAAAGCCUACUGUAUGCGCUGAAACGAUUAUUGUCAAAAUAACCGGAAAUACAAAUAUUUCAAAAGA